AAUAUUUUAAUACUGAAAAUCUUAAUUAAAAAUAUUUUUAUUUAUAUAUUAUAGUUGAGAAUUCCAAUAGAAGUUCUAUAAGUAUAACUUCAUUAUUGGCUUGUAACUUCUGGUUGUAUGUGAACAACCAGAACAUGAACAAAAAAUGAAGAAACAAAUUCAUUGUGAAUGUUUUUUUAUACUACAAAUGUUAUUAUCAACUGCAUGCAAGCUUUUUACAAUUUAUAAUUGUGAAAAAUAAGAAGUAUUCAGAAAAUAGAGAGUUUUAUAAUUAGGAGACUGCGUUUGAAGAAAAGUUUAAGAUUAGAAGAUGAUAUAAAUUAUAAAUUAAUUAUAAAUUGUAAAACAGAGUAAGCACCGAAAAAACAGAAUAAUUAUAAAUUAAUUAAAUUGAAGAAGAAAAAGAAAAAAAAAACAGAGUAAGCACCGAAGAGAAGUGGCCAACAACGAGAAAACAUCGAAUGAAGAACAAUUGCGAGAUCCGAUCAAACCGCUUAUCUCGAUUUUGAUUUCCUGAGUUCUGGUUUUCAGACAGAUCUCUCAUAAGUCGAUUCUACAAUGUCUAACGACACAGCACGUAACCCACUCCUGCCUAAGGACCACUCACCUCCCAUGGCACAAGACUUCAGCAUAAACUCAAGAACCUCCUCGAGAAAAAGAAGACUCCGCCGCUCUAGAAGCGCUCCUCGCGGCGACUUCACGUUCAACGACAACGACGUCAAACUCGACGAGCCUCAUCCUCAUCCAAGCAAGAACCCAAUGUUCAGAGACCUAAACCCGAAUCUCAGACGAGUCAUCCUCCUCCUCGCUUUGUAUCUCACCGUCGGCACUCUCUGCUUCUACCUCGUCAGAAACCAAAUCUCCGGUCACAAAACCAACGGUGUCCUUGACGCCGUCUACUUCUGUAUCGUCACAAUGACGACCGUCGGAUACGGCGACCUCGUUCCCAAUAGCUCCACGUCGCGGCUCCUCGCGUGCGCCUUCGUCUUCUCGGGGAUGGUCCUCGUGGGCCACCUCUUAAGUCGAGCUGCUGAUUAUCUAGUCGAGAAGCAGGAGACUCUCCUCGUUAGAGCUUUUCAUCUGCGUCAGAGCUUUGGUCCUACGGAGAUUCUCAAGGAGUUGCAUACCAACAAGCUGAGAUACAAAUGUUACGUGACGUUCCUUGUCCUUGUGGUUCUCUUCUUAACCGGUACGGUUUUUCUUGUGGCGUAUGAGAAGAUGCCGGUUAUUGAGGCUUUCUAUUGCGUGUGCUCCACGGUUACUACGUUGGGGUAUGGUGAUAAGAGUUUUAACUCGGGGACUGGGAGGCUUUUCGCUGUGUUUUGGAUCUUGACGAGUACUGUGUGUUUGGCUCAGUUUUUUCUCUAUGUGGCUGAGUUGAAUGCGGAGACUAAGCAGAGGGAGUUGGUGAAGUGGGUUUUGACUAGGAGGAUUACUAAUAAUGAUCUUGAGGCUGCUGAUCUUGAUGAAGAUGGUGUUGUUGGAGCUGCAGAGUUUAUUGUGUAUAAAUUGAAAGAGAUGGGGAAGAUUGAUGAGAAAGAUAUAUCUGGGAUUAUGGAAGAGUUUGAGCAAUUGGAUUAUGAUGAAUCUGGAACUUUGACGACUUCUGACAUCACUCUAGCUCAGACUGCGUCCCAGAUCCAAAGGUAAGCUAUCAUCAUCUUUGGAAGAUGAAUCGGAAUCUUUGUUAACUUAUACCUACACACUAACACACAACACACAAAAAGCAAAGGAAGUGAACAGUUUUUUUUUUGGAAAUAUUGUUUGAUUCUGUUUUGUAAUGCCACAUUCCCUCACUCUUUGAAUGUUUUGUUUAUAUUUGGUUUGGCAUGAACACUUUGUUUAAUAAAGUUGAAUUUUGAUAUUAAUCUGUCA